AUGGCGCUGGCUGACGUACUCAAGCACCACAGGGAGACGUUUUGGGAGCACUUCAGGCUCGAUCCUUGCCAGUACCUAACCCACGCGUCUGCCAGCCACGAUGCGAUGCUGCGAAUGUGCUGCCCUCGCGAGAAACGCUGUUUGGGCCUAAUGACGGAUUCUAGGAUCUACCAGCUCACGAAGCACAACAUCAGAGGAAGUUUGGAACACAUCGCGCAGCUCUUUGCCAAGGCGAACAACUCCAUGCUUUCCGACUUUGAGCCGCAGCUGGAUCGCUUCUGGAUCCUGUUCUGCGACGUCAAUAGCAUGUACCCGUCCAUCAUGGCGAAACUAUUGCCUGUGGACGGAGGGGAGUGGAUAGAGCGGCCACUUGGAGUUGGAACAUUGGUUCUGGAGGUCAUGGAAAGAGUGGUGGCGCUUGUCGCCGAACUCUUGGGCAAGCAGUGCGGCCUGAACGGGAGUGAUGUGAAUGAA